GUUGGCGUUACUUGUGUCUUCCCCAUUGACUUGGCAAAGACCAGAUUGCAGAAUCAGAGACAAGGUCAGCAGGUCUACAAGAGCAUGGUGGACUGCCUUGUCAAAACCGUGCGAUCCGACGGGUACUUUGGCAUGUACAGAGACUUGGGUCCCCCUGGGAUAUUGAAGGCUAGCCGAUAAGGCGCAGCCACGCUGGAGGCAAAUCAUUUAAUGGUUCUUACAAUAUUGCUCUAUUUGAAACUGUAGGCACUUGUUUUUGUUCUGCCAUCUGUUCGUUGUGUAAUGUGACUUCUUGUUAAUAACUACUUCACUGUCCACUUGGCACUCAGCCUCUUUUUGUUUUUCCUGUCCUUUCACUUAACAUCUCUUCAUUGUUGACACUGACCCCCUCUUAUCUGCUGUACUUCAUACUCUGCAGCUUCCUCUGGUUCUUCACCAUCCUCAUUUCCUCUCUUGAAACUCUUGUUUUUAUUGUCACUUCCUUUCACAUAAUCCCCCUCCAUCAUCAUGUCUGAAGCUUCUUUUUAAGUUGAGCGUUUUGUCUUCUCUGUGUAGAUAAGUUACACGAUGGACUAGUUGACUUGUAACGUUAAUGUUCAUGUGUCAAAUGAGAACUCGUCUGUGACCCGAAUGCUAACUGCUGGUUUGUCUUUCUUCAGGUGCUGCCGUAAAUUUGGCCCUGGUCACCCCCGAGAAGGCCAUCAAGCUGGCUGCUAAUGACCUCUUCAGGCACCACCUCUCCCAGGACGGGGCGGGGCUGACGGUGUUCAGAGAGAUGCUGGCGGGGUGUGGUGCCGGCAUGUGUCAGGUUGUCGUCACCACCCCGAUGGAGAUGCUAAAGAUACAGCUGCAGGAUGCGGGCCGACUCGCGGCCCAGCAGCAGAAACCGGUCAUGAUGUCCCCCACCAAGCUCGUGGCCACCAACGCCGUGCUGACGCGCUCCUUCAACUCCGUGGCCUCGGCUCCUCGACCCGUUUCCGCCACGCAGAUCGCAAAAGAACUGCUCCAGACGCAGGGCAUCCGGGGGCUCUACAGAGGCCUGGGGGCGACGCUGAUGAGGGACGUCCCAUUUUCUAUCGUCUACUUCCCGCUGUUUGCCAACCUGAACCGCCUGGGCAGAGCCGGUCCCGAGGGGGCGGUCCCCUUCUACUGGGCUUUCUUCUCGGGCUGUGCAGCAGGUUCUACCGCCGCCGUGGCCGUUAACCCCUGUGAUGUGGUUAAGACGAGGCUGCAGUCACUGAACAAAGGCUCCAGUGAGGAGACCUACAACGGCGUGGUGGACUGUGUGAGUAAGAUUCUGCGGAAGGAGGGACCCUCGGCCUUCCUGAAAGGCGCCGGCUGUCGUGCGCUGGUCAUCGCGCCGCUGUUCGGCAUCGCUCAGGUGAUGUACUCGGCCGGAGUCGGCGAGUUCCUCCUGGACAACACGCCACUGAACCGCCUCUCCCCAUGAGGGGGGGGGGGGACCUUCUGGGCGUAGAUGGUGACCGACGGGCAGCUACACCACCAUCAGUUUACAGCAACGACCUCUGACCUGCGCUCCUGACCGCUGUGUUGCACUCAAACACUUUGAAGACUUCUUCAGCCGGGCCGUGGCCGACGUUUGCACUUGAAGCCGUUGGCCUUUCUGGGCUGUGGGGGUCGGGGGCUCCGUUAUUCUUUCUUUGUCCCCCAAACAGUCCCGUUUUCCCUCUGUGAGGGAGGGGCGCUCACUCCAUCUACAUGUUUGUGCUUUCCAUGUUAUCACGUGUUUAGUGUGCUCGUUAUUUCGUUCCUUUUCCAUGGCGGCCUCGUACGAAGCCUUCACGUAGGAACAAAGCGUGACGCGUGGGGCCAAAUUUACACAAUUGAUAGCUGGUUCUUUUUGUUUGUUUUUUUAAAAAUACAUUUUCAGUCAAAACAUCAGUGAACAUGUCUAAUGUCGCUGAUCAUGAACCUUCCUCCUGACAUGGGGCCGACUGGUAUACUUGAUAUUCGCCCUUCGGUGGCUCCGUAGUGAGCUGCAGCUUUUAGUACCUGUGAAAAACUUGAGAUGCAGUCAUGCACAUUAUAUGUACGUUUGUCCAUGUAUGUUUGUCCACGUAACAUUUACAAUAACAUGCAUAACUGAACCUAAAAUGUAUUUUGGUUUACGCCUUAACGGAGCAGACAUUUCUCUUAGCAAAAGGCCUUGGUCAAAAAAAGCAUUACAACAACUGAGCAUUGAGCCAUGACUGUUACAAUAUUUUGUGAUUUUUGUAAAAAUCGUGUGUGUGUGUAUAUAAUAUGUACAUUAUACACAAAUAAAAUAAACCUUGAAUUGUU